UUGCAACAACUCCUUUCGCCUCGGCCUUGCGCAGACCCCCGCGGGAUUGGAUUUACUCGGCUUCGCUGCGACUCUCGGGGGGCGUUUUCCAUCCAGUCGUAGAGAGAUAUCGGCUUCUUAUUCGUAUUUUUUUUCCUGCCAGGAGGGGGAGGACGCCCCCCCCAAACUAAUAUCUCUACAAACAGCCAACCACAAAUAAUACAAGGGAGGAAUUUUUAUUUUUCAGUUAAACCUCUCCCCCCCACAUCUCUCUUCCCCCCUUCUUCCGGCUUUGAUUCCCCCCUUUUAAACAUAUUGCCCAGGGCGGGUUUUUUCCUCCCCCCAUCUCCCCCUAUCUCCCCCUUCCUCUCCCCCCCCACAGAUCAUCAUCACAAAAUCGCCUGGGCAUGAGUUAAACAGCAGACAUGGACACCAAACAUUUCCUCCCGCUGGAUUUUUCUGCACAAGUCAAUACCAACUCCUUAAGUUCUCCGACGAGCCGGGGUCCCAUGACCACACCUUCUCUCCAUCCAUCUAUGGGUCCCGGCAUUGGUGGCUCCUUGGGGUCGCCGAACCAGCUCCACUCACCCAUCAGCACGCUGAGCUCCCCUAUCAAUGGCAUGGGGCCGCCUUUCUCGGUCAUCAGCUCCCCAAUAGGGGCUCACCCAAUGUCUGGGCCGUCCCCCCCUGGCCUUGGAUUUGGAACCAGCAGCCCACAGCUCAAUUCUCCAAUGAACCCCAUCAGCAGCCCAGAGGAUAUUAAACCCCCCUUGGGGAUCAAUGGAGUUCUUAAAGUGCCAGUGCACCCGUCAACCGCCAUGGCCUCCUUCACCAAGCACAUAUGUGCUAUCUGUGGGGACAGAUCUUCAGGUAAACAUUACGGUGUGUACAGUUGUGAGGGUUGCAAAGGCUUCUUCAAGAGGACAGUGCGGAAGGACUUGACCUAUACCUGCCGGGACAAUAAGGACUGCUUAAUUGACAAGCGCCAGCGGAACCGGUGUCAGUAUUGCCGGUAUCAAAAGUGUCUCGCGAUGGGGAUGAAGAGGGAAGGGAUGGAGCACCAUCCAUCCCGGCCCACAAGACACCCUGGAAGGCAGGAAGAACAAGCUGUUCAGGAGGAGAGGCAGAGAGGAAAAGACCGCAACGAGAAUGAGGUCGAGUCGACCAGCAACGCCAACGAGGACAUGCCUGUGGAGAAGAUUCUAGAAGCUGAACUUGCCGUGGAGCCCAAGACGGAGACGUACAUCGAAGCUAAUAUGGGCAUGACUCCCAACUCGCCCAAUGACCCGGUCACCAACAUCUGCCAAGCGGCAGACAAACAGCUGUUCACGUUGGUUGAGUGGGCAAAGAGGAUCCCUCAUUUUUCAGAAUUGCCGCUGGACGACCAAGUCAUCCUUCUCCGGGCUGGUUGGAACGAGUUGCUCAUUGCCUCCUUCUCCCACCGGUCCAUAGCUGUGAAAGACGGGAUCCUUCUUGCCACAGGCCUCCACGUCCAUCGGAACAGUGCCCACAGUGCGGGAGUGGGCGCCAUCUUUGACAGAGUAUUGACAGAACUUGUAUCAAAAAUGAGAGACAUGCAGAUGGACAAGACAGAACUGGGCUGCCUCCGAGCCAUUGUCCUCUUUAACCCUGACUCAAAAGGGCUUUCUAAUCCUGCUGAAGUCGAGGCUCUUCGUGAGAAAGUGUAUGCGUCACUUGAGGCCUACUGUAAACACAAAUACCCCGACCAGCCUGGGAGGUUCGCCAAGCUCUUGCUGCGCCUCCCCGCCCUCCGGUCCAUCGGCCUGAAAUGCUUGGAGCACCUUUUCUUCUUCAAGCUAAUAGGGGACACACCAAUCGACACCUUCUUGAUGGAGAUGCUGGAGGCCCCCCACCAAAUGACUUAAGACGGCGGCCUCUGGCGAGAGUCACCCCCUUUUCCUUCUGCCUCAGCAGGCUUCCCAACACUGAUGCCGCCGACGCCGCUGACACCACCACUACGCCCCCUUUCUGUUGCCGCUGCCGUCCCCCCCGCUUCCUGGCGCAAGAGACAUGGCCUGCUGUGCUCUCUAAACUGGCUCCGCCCUGUCACCGCUUUCGCGGUCUCCGUGCAUCUUGAGGACCUGGCAGAUGGCUUUUCCUUUUCCUUUCACAGGUGUAGAGGCGGCUGGCGUUAAAUGUGCAAAGGGCAUCCUCCUCCGUCUCUUUUCAAAGCAACCUGUAAUCUGAGCCCCACUCAUCUGCCCCAUUUAUGUGGCUUGGGUUGUCCCCCCAUGUGUGUGCACAUGCACACACACACACACACACACACAGUUGUCAGGGCAGGCAGGAGGGUGAAUUUAAUUUACUUAACUUUGUUGCAGACAGUUGGACUUUUUGGAGAAUGGGAGGGUUUGUGGCUUUCUCUGCCACCAGUCUGGGAAGGGAAAAAAAUAUUUAUUUUCCAUUUCAACUCUAACAUCUGAAAAGGGAAUGGGGUUCAGCUUCUAACUGACUGUCUUCUAGAGCAUUGGUGGGCAGAUUUCAGGCUUACAGGAUCUACUUUGCACCCCAAGAGCCAACUCAGGUGGGCGGGCAUGCACUACGAAUUAAGGAAGAGGCUGUUUCUACUCUCGUGCUCAGCACCGGAUCACAAGUUCUUUAGCUGCUGUUGUAAUACAGUUGGGAAUCAGAAACCUUUUGCAGAUCUACUGCAAAUGAGGUGGCUAUUUUUUUUUUUAAAAGAGCAAGCUUCUAGUCCUUAAGAUUUCAAAUCCACUUUUCUACCGAUAGAUCCUGACUGACCUACCUUCUGCCCACCCCUGUUCUAGAGCCAUCUGUAAAUGAUGUGGAAGGGAUUGCGGGGGGUAAGGCCCGUACAGUGCAGGGCCUCCCUUCUGAGGAUGGAGGAGUGAUGUUACUUGCUUUUGUCCCAAAGAUGACUUUCUCUUGGCAUCAGAGUGAGCUACUCAAACCGCAAAACCAACUGAAACACCCAAAGGCUGCUUUAAAGCCGUGACGGUCAAGGUUGCAAAUCCACCAGGCCUUCGCUUGCACCAUUCGUCACUGGUCUUCAGUGGGGCAUCCCAAGCAAAGACUCCAGUUAUCCUUUCCUUUUUUAAACAGCCUUCUCCAUUAACAUUGGCAGAGUGUGUGUUUCUUUAACCAGCCCAGUCCCUUUGCCAUGAAUGGCAGGGCGAUAGCGCAGCAACGUCUCAGAAGAUCCAACAGGUCCCGGCAGGCCAGCCGGCCGGCCAGUCAACAGUAAACCUUGAAUGGCUAUUUUUUAAAAAACAAAAAAGAGGAACAAAGGCUGUAUCUGGUGUUAGACCUACUCCAAGGAGACCAUUGAAAUUAACAGGCAUGACUGACUUCAGUGGGUCUGAUCUGAGUGGGACUCGGUUGGCUACGGAUGCACAUUUGUAAUCCUGUGGGGUUCGAACGCUCGCUUGAACAUGUGUCUCGGGGAACAGGAGGCGGCAGCGUCAUCUCCAGCAGUCUUGUAGAAGAAAGUGGCUGUUCUGAGCAGGCUGGGGCCAGGCCAAGAGUGAGGUGACUGGGGAUGGCUCCAACCCAGGAGGUUUCUCGGAAUGCUUAUUUGCUUAGUUUUUUAUAUAUGGACUCCUUGCAUGCUCUAUAAAUAUGCGGCUCCCCUCAGCAGGCCCAGCCAUGGGUUGCAGCUGGCCCUCGAAAUAGAUGCCUUCUGAGAUCGCUGAAGUUUGGUUGUUCUUCCUUUUUUUUUUUUUUUGCUGCACUCCUCUUUCCUGGCUCUCCGUGUCUGCCUUUGCACCCUUUUUACCCAUUUUCCCACACACCCUUUUCACCCGGUUUCCCAGAAGGAAUGUGCUUUUCCCUAGAAUUUCCACCCACACACAAAGUGUUGGGUUGCCAAAUGCAAAGCUAGGGGAAGAACCUGGCUCGCUUUGGUUGCCAUCUUAUGCAGCACUCAAAAUAUUAUCCCGACAACUUUUUACACUGGAAAGUUGGAGAGGGUCCUUUGCCAACAAAACACUCAUUCCAGGGGAUAGUAACAAGGUGAAAUGAGUCCCUUUGGAUGUAAUGUCAUUGUCUCAGCUUGUGAGUGGCCUUGGUGGCUGGCUCCCUUGCUCGUCUGCUCACUGAGCUCAUCCUGCAAGCCAAAGCAUGCCCUCGAAAACUUGCCCCUCUGAUUUGCAUCACAGGGUCAAUUUUGAAGAAUCUAAUGUUCCAAACUGAGAGCAAAAUAAAAAAGGGGGAACUCUUUAUUUGAUAUUCUAAGAGUCGUAUUCAACUGACUUCUACCCAGAGUAUACCCACUGAAAAUAAAUUAUUUAAUAUUAUUAUUUAUAUCCCACCCAGAAGGGCAACAAGCAACAAAACUCUAAAAACAUCUAUAAAACAUCAUACUCUGUGUUUACUCAGUGUUUACUCUGAGUACAACUUGCACUGGAUACAACCCUCUGCCUCCAAUGCACAUGUCAGUUUUUUAGUGUGGCUCAGGAUAUUGUCUGAGAGACAGCUGAAGUCUUUCCAUCCCAUCUAGUUUGGCCUUUGCUGGAUAAUAUUGGGUUCAUCUUUGACCAUCCAGUUCUAGUUCGAUGUACUGGUGGAUGAUGUUCUGCCACCCAGAAUGUCGGGUGGAGACGCACAGCUUCCGGUUUAAAAGCAGUGGUGUGCAGACAGAACAGUUUCUGAUCCAUCAGGCAAUCUGUGCCAAGGCUGCUUGUGUGUGACGACACUGGGCAAGUCUGUGCAUUUGCAAUCCUAGCACUCAAAAAUCCCUUCCCUGACGUGCAACACAAAGGUGUUGUCCAAACGUCUGUGGACGUUGCACCCCUGACCGCGGCAACAUUAAAGCAACCAACGUUAGGCCUGUUCACAUUUUACCCCGAAUACAGGUACAAGCUGUGUCUCCCCAUGUACCACUGUUCGUUUGUGAGCUGUGUACACUUGGAUGGUUUGUGCAGCUCAGAUGUUGUGUACGCAGACUGCACCCUCAUUGAACGUUGCAUGGGAAUAGCUGUACGAGUCCACUGUUUGGCCAUUUGUGUAUGCAGGUGGUACACUUGUUGAAUGUAACGUGAGCACCUCCCCCCCCCCGGCUACCUUGUCCAUCUAAAUCAUCCUGCCAAGGUAGGGUUACGUUUCGGGAGAAUUUGACUGCAUUUUGAGUCUCCUGUACGGACUCAGAGAUACCCGUCAAUGAGGUCAUGCUUGGGGUUUUUUAAAGGAAAAAAAAUCCCUCCAUUAAAGAGCCACUUAAAAAAUUAAUCAGAUGUUAUUAGUUGCUACCCUUGCAAGGAAUGAGCUCAUAUCUGCCAAACUGGCGGCAGGGAGACAAAGUUCACUUGUACAGAGGCAUAAAUCUUUAAAGGAGCUCAAGCCUCUCCCCAGCUGAGGCCAGUCUUUUUACGUGGGUGCAAAGAGAUGGAUUCCAAAAGAUGGAGGGAGCGGUUUUGGUAAGCACCAUCCUGUCCCAAUGCCUUCUGGAGUUUCAGGUCUGGCCGGAGACAGUAUAGAGCCUAUGAAAAGGAAAUUCUUCUAGGAUAUGUGCAUUCUCCUGACAAAAGCGCUCAGUGCCGUGAUGGGAUAAGGCUGUACUUAAUAAAGCCGUUCUGUUCGUCCAUUGGCUGAAAUCUUUCACUUUGCAGUUCUGAUGCUGCCUGACUUUAAACCGACCUUAUUCCAGCAUAGUGACAUGCCACAAUGGGGCCUGUUCUUCCCUCCUGCUGUUUGGUCAAUGCACCCAAAGAUGCCCCAUUUCUCCAGGAUGGGUCGACGGGCUGGCGACAUCCCUGUCUGGAAUGAGAUUGCAUGGUUCAUUUUUUUAAGUUGAUACAUAUGUGUGUGUAUACAUGUAUGUAGUGUAGAUAUAUACACUGUAUAAAUAUCCUCAUUCACAUAUACAUAUAUUAUAUCCACUUUUAGUGUUACCUUUGUGUUUUCAGUUUUUUUAAUGAAAUUUUCUUGUAUUUUCUUCAUUUUUAAAAUUUUUGCUUUAUGAAAGCAAACUGUUUACGUUGGAGCCUCCCGUCCACCCCCCCAUCUCCCUCCCAUCCUCACCGUGCACGUUGGUGAUCAUUAAUACUGGAUCUUUGUAACCCCCCAAAAGGAGGAAAGAAUAUGUUGCAUCUAUUUUAAGAUGCUUGGGGGGGAGGGCAUUGGGGGGAGGGGAGAAGCGGCCGGUGGAUUGAACAACAGCUUAAGCAGUUCCCAUCACUUAGGAAAAUGGAUGCCUUCACUAUGGAGGGCACAUCUUAAACAUUUUUUUAAAAGAAAGGAUUACAGGAAAAAAGAAUAAAAAAAAUUAAACAACGAGUGUGAGAGAAGGAAAGCAAAAUAUAAGCGUCAAUAAAGUUAAAUAUCUAUUUUUGUACAAAUGUAAUUUUAUCCCUUGCAUAUUCUCAGAUUAUUUGGGGGGGGGGUUCUUUGGGGGGAUGGUAUGUGUGUGUGUUUCUUGCAUUUCUAGAAUUUGUUCUAAAUCUCUCUUUAAUUUGUUCAGCCAUAAACACACCCCUAGGUGGAGGAUAGGGCAAGGUUCAUAUUGUCUUGAAAAGGCUUUAUUUAAAAAAUUCAGAAAUACUUUUCUUUUGAACAAGUGGAUUUUUAAAAUUAUUCUCUACUCAUCUCCACCCUGCUGUUCUUGGGGGGGGAACUAAAUAUGGUCUUUUGUUGCAUCCCCUCCAACCUUUCCACGCACACACACACACACACACACACACACACACCUUCCUAGCAGCAUUGUCCUCCAGGUCUAUUCUACUGUGAAAUCACUACCACAUAUUAUUGUUCACUAAAAAAUAAAAUAAAUGGGGGGGGGAAUCUGCUGGAAAUGCCAGUAUUUUGAACAAAUGUAUUAGAAUUGUUUUAAAAAAAAGUAAAAGAAAAUAUAUGAGCAUUUUAAAAUA